AUGGGCGACACACUAUCCAAGCCUGUUACGGAAAAACACACUAGCACGUUCGAAACGUCGCACAUUCGUGUUGGCUGUUGUGGGAUGCAGGGGUGGCGAAAGUCUAUGGAAGACGCACAUGUUGCGCAGCUGAAUCUUGACGGCAAUAAACAACAUGCGUUUUUCGGGGUAUUUGAUGGUCAUAAUGGACAUAAGAUUGCGAAGUAUUGUAGUAGUCACCUUCUUGAUGAACUCAUGGCUACUCCAGAGUACCGUGAGGCCAACUUUACCGAGGCAUUCAAAAAGGCCUUUAAGUCCUUGGAUGCGAAAAUAGCAACGAUGCCCGCACUUCGUUCAGAGGGUGGGACUGCUGUAAGUUGUGUACUUUUGUCAAAAGGUGAAGUUGUGUGUGCGAAUGCUGGUGAUUGCCGAGCGGUUCUGUACCGAGGAAACACUGCUGUACCACUGAGCAUUGACCAUAAACCGUCAGUUCCUUCUGAAAGGGCUAGGAUAGAGAAGGCUGGAGGAACAGUUCAGUCUCAGCGUGUUAAUGGAACGCUAGCACUUAGCCGGGCUGUAGGUGAUUUGGAUUUUAAGGAGAAUCUGGAUCUUCCUUGGGAUGAACAGAUGGUUACUGCAUUGCCGGACGUGCGUAGAAUUAAGUGGACACCAGAAGACGCUUUUGUUGUUAUUGCUUGCGAUGGUGUCUGGGAUGUUCUCUCUAAUGAAGAUUGCUGUGAACUCGUGAAGCUAGGUUUGAUAGAAACUGAUAAUGACGUUGGACUGGCUUGUGAAAUGGUGUUGGAUAAAUGUUUGGCCCCUAGGGCGCAAGGAGUUGGCUGCGACAAUAUGACCAUUAUUGUUGCUCAGUUUAAGCCAGCAUUUUUUAGUCAAGGUUAG